AUGAAGAUUCUGAAUGUGUUACGCCGUCUUUUACGUCGGAGUCAUUCUCGCUGCACCAUAGAUUUCGCCAAUAAAUCACAUCUGGAAAAACUCCCAGCUGAGGUUCUUCUCAACAUCGCGAAUUUCCUCCCUCUUCAUUGUGCUGCACUCUUGACGCUUUCAAGCAAAUCAUUGCAGUACAAAGUUGGAAAUGAAUAUCUUCGCAACAUCUCGGUGGUGGAGAUGUUUGAAUUCGAUGAUGACCAUGGUCGCUAUCGAAAAGCCAAACCGGCAAUGACGCACAAGCAAGUCGAAUAUAGCAAAUUCCUCACGUUAUUAUCAGAAGACUUACCCGAUGAGGUUUUCUGUCAACUCUGUCAGAUAAUCCACACUCCUAAGAAAACCGACCUGGCUUGGUCGGAGAGGCAAAGGAAGUGUUACUUUCUCGAAGCCGAUCUGCAAUAUGGUCGCAACUUCAACUUCCCGAAGAUCAAUCUAGCAAUGAAGCGAGCACGACAAGGACUUGAUCCAUCAAAGCAGCUCCUCAGCUUAUCAAAGACAUUUGUCGAGCACCAAAGACAAUGCCUUUACCGGAGCUCAUGGCAGGCUCGAAUCGUUAAACAAAGGCUGUAUGUUCGAGCGAUUCAUCGACUGCUUGUCCCACGCAAGACAGUACCGAGUCUUCCGAAUUCAGACUGGACGCUCCAGGUUUGUGGUCACUUUGAGGACAGCGGGGGAUUUCGAGAGCAGCCACUUCAUGGACACCUUCUUAAAACUCUGGCCAAGUACCACGGAAAUGGUUGCAUUGCGGAAAAGGGCGAGGCCCUGAUUCAAUGUCGCGAUUGCAAGACAGAGCUAUGUAUAGAGAUUGAAGACAAUGGGAAAGUGGAUAUACAAUUGGUCGUCACUGUUCGGCAAGAUUUUGGGCGUGGAGAACAACCUUUUGACUUCGACUUCUAUUCACACUUCAUAAUUCGGGACCUGGGAGAAAAGCCUGUAAGGUUCACGCCAGGCAGUAUCAGAGAUACCUUUGAGAAUGCAUCUACAAGCCAAGGACAAGGUGUUUAUCGCAAGUAA